AUGGAUAAUCUGUGCCGUACAUCGGGCGAAUCUAUGCCAAAAGAGAAUCGCCUCGUCAUCGUUAAUCGCCGGCGAACCGUGGCCUGUCUUUGUCGUCACUCACCGGCUGUUUUUCUAUGAAAAAUAUCGUUUCCCGUGUCCGCGAGCUGAAUUUUUAUUUUGAUUUUAAUAGCUCGGCGUAGGUACCUACGAUUUUAUUCUCUGAGGAACGACGAGUAGAAAUUCGCCCAAUGUCAUCCAACGUUACUGUUAAAUUUAGAUAUACCCGAUAUAAACGGGGGAUAUUUUUUUUUUAUGCUAACAAUCUAGGUAUAUAAUAUACAUUUUCAAUUGGUCUACUGACCGAUUCAUUAUCACCCGACCCAAACCACCAAAACUCGAGUUUAUAUUUCAUACAACGAUAAUAUAUAGGCAACUGUAUACUAUAUAGACAUAUAGUAUAAAAACUAUAAAGGAUUUUUAAAAAUUCGACCACCAAUGACCGGUUCUCGUACAUACAUUUUAUUCCUUAAAAUACGGAAAUUGCGAUUUUUUUUUUUUGUUUACUUCUGGAUUCCAUUGUCUAUGCAUAUGAGAAGAAAACUGUACUACUCUCAUUUAGUUUCAUUUUUUAAUUUGAAUGUCAUAGAAUAAUCUACGGACACGCAAUUCGUCACUGGCAAGGCCGUUGCCUUCAAACCUUAUCUAUAUAAGCAAACUACUUUGGAAAAUUUCGAUGGUCCUGCAAGAAACGAACGGUUAGUAGUGUUAUUACUCCGAAAAACUAUGGCGACAUUAACAUAUAUGUUGUAAAAUACAGAAAUGUAUAUUAUUUUUUUAUCUAAUUUCUCUCGGUGUUACACGAGAGAAACAAUUAAAUUAAAUUUAUAAUAUAAUAUUGAAAACGUAUACAUUUAUCUAAACAGAAAGUUCGAUCUCUAUUGUCUGGGGUUUACUUCGAAAAUAUCUGCUCGAUUUGCGUCCUUACUAAUUAUAUUUAUGAUAAUAUUUUAAAUGUGUUAGAAAUUAUUGUAAUACAUAUUAGAUUUAUGAGUUUUAAAUUUAAUUACAGAAACGUUUGGCAAGUGAUGUUAAAGAGCGUUUUCACCAUGGGCAAAAAUGUCCGGUCGUCGAAGAACCCAAAUCAGCGGAUUCUUCAGGCGAUCAAGUUUGUGAUCAAACUCCGGGUUCUUUGACGGCCGACCUCGUUCCACCGCCGUUCACCCUUUACGUUGCGUCUCCACAACCAGGAGGUAAUACCGCCCGGGCAAUCGGUAAGUAUACAUUCUAGGAUAGAUUUCUGUAUAAACUCUGACAAAUUUAUUAGAAGGUUGGUAGCUGCCUCCUUAUAAAUUAUUGUUGAUUUGAUGUAGAAGAAACCUGCAUGAGAAGCAUAAUUCGAGUAGUCAAUUUGACAACCAGAAGUGCGCAACCCAUCGAAUAAGUUCUAAACUAUUUUCAGUUUUAUUUUAUUUGGUUUAAAUUUGGCAGAGAUAAUACUAUCGAUAUUCGUUGCAUGCAUUUUUUUUUCAUCUUGUUACAAUUAAAUUUAUUUUCACUACUUUUGAUCAAUAUUUAAUAAUUUAUCAUUAAAAAAAAAUGUAUAUGUUACGAGACCAUAGUUAUGUAAUUUAAAAAAAUUAAAUUAUUUUACAUUUCGCAGCAAAUGUAUAGGUAUAUUUAUUAUCAUUUGCUUGAUCAGUUGGAUUGGUGGCAUAGUAAUUAUUAUUCAAAAUUAGAGGGGAACUUUUUGGGGAGCUUAUAGUCCAAGGAAUAAUACUGUAAGUGGUUUUCUAAGGUUUUAGUAUAAAUAGUUACUCUUAUAAGUUAGAUUGUAUAAUAUGUUUUUUUUUUUAGCAAUUUACCAGACGAUUGGAAGCCGGGGGCUAGUAUGGUUUUAAACCAUUUAAAAUAUUAUGUUAUUUAUGUAAACUUCGCCCAAUCCGCAUUAAACAAAUUUAAAAAAGAUUUACCGCGAAGAUAUUCACAUCUGAUCCAGGUAUGUUGAAAAAAAAAAUUACUUUUAUUUAAUACUUGUACAAUUUCUUAGAAUAAUUAAUCGAAUUAAUAUCCGAUUCAUAAAUUUAACAAUAAUAAUAUAGUAGGUAAUGAAGAAGCCAAUAGGUAUCGUAAAGUAUCAUUUUCAUAUCAGAAACUCUCGAUACUUGGAAAACUCAAAUAAAUAUUACUUACCGAUCACUAUCGCCAUAUUAUGUUCUUAACAUAUGGUGGUAAUACAUGAACAGUAGAAGAAAACUGUGAGAUUUUGGCACGACAAAAUGAUUUUCGUGAUAACCUUUUACUAAUAUUAAUAUAUUACUUUAAUAUAUAAUUUGCUACUGCAAAAUAUAUAUCUCAGGAGAUUACAGGCAUUGGUUCUUGUGAAUUUUUACGAUAUUAUAAAUACCAAACAUAUUUACCUAUUUAAUAACUUUAUUAUAGGUAGGUAACAAUAGGCAAUAAAAUUUCAAAAAUAAAAUGAUUUAACAAUAAAUAAAUCACCAUCAUUUGUUGGUGAAACUAUACUUAUCGUCUCACAAAAGACAUUAUUAUAACCAAACGUACCUAUUAUUUAAUUUACUUACUUAUUUUUUUAGGAAAUAGUCGAUAAGCCACGGACAACCAAACGAAAAAAGAAGCCUACUACUACUACUACCUUCCCACAAUAUGCUUAUAGCUAUAAGUAUUUGUGAAAUAACGUUUAUACGUUAUUUUUCUUUAAAUUAUUGUUCGUUUAUUUGAUUACUUUAUUUGUUACAUUUUUAUACCUUUGCUGCUACUAUAGUCAAACGUAUAACGAAAAUUUAAAUCAUGAGUAUCAUAAUAUAGAUAUAUUAUUUUUAUUAUUUAAUUACAUUUUGUGUUACUUUAUGUCUUUGUUAAUAAACUUAUUAAAUAUUUGAACAAACAUCUAUUCGUGCAUUAAUUUUUGGAAAUGUUUUGAUUGAUUCAAAUACUAAAAUAAUGCUAAAAAGUAGGAUUCAUUAAACUACAAUGUAGCUGCUACACAAUAUCGACAUUGACGUAAAAAACCUCAUAUGUGCUGGAACUUAUUUUUUCAAGAAACACGAAUAACGUUUUAAAAAAAUCAAAAAUUGUCAACGAUUGACCAAAAUAAAUUAUUACCAUUAAACUAUUUUUUCUGAAAAAAAUUGAAGUAAAAAUCUUAAUAGUUAUGGAUAAUAUUAUAUUAUAUAAAUUGCCAAUAUUUCAUCAUAUAGGGCGGCAAUUUGGAAUACUGCACGGUUUUUAAAAAAUAUGAAUAAAAAUAAUUAUUUUAUUUAUUGUAUAAUAUAUGUGGUGGUUAAAAAUGUUUGGCAGUGGAAGGUGAAAUUCAUAACAGGGCCAGCUAUUUGAUAGUCGAUUGCCGCGUUAUUUUUAAAUUACCGCGCUCUUUUAGUCACACGUUUAGGAAACCCUCACGAAAAUCUGCCAGAUACCGGAAGCGCCACUGCGAAGUCGCUAGUUUCGUGAAACGUACUGUAGAGAUAGUAUAGGUAUAGCAUUACACUAUAUAGUAUUUAUUGUUAAUUUUGUUUUUACAACCUAACCUGGGUACAAAAGACUAAGCACUGACGGCUUUUAACUAUUACUGUAUCAAUAUUAAAAUGGGAUUCAGUUAUCAGUAAAAACUUAUACACUCACAAAUAUUAUAAUAAUGAUGAUAAACUUCAAUGAUAUUUUAAUUUUCCCAAUUAUUUGAACAAAUAUUUUAUUAUUAGAACGGCAGACAAUCACCACGCAGACACAAUAAGCUUUCCCUUGUACUCACUACUCAUUGUCUAUAAUAAUGUACUCCCACUGACAUUUAUGGAUGGGUUUUUUCACGCCGCGCCUGUGCAUAUACCUAUCUAUCCAUAUGAAAUCAAUACUAUUACAAUUAAAAAUAAAAUAGCAAAUUAUUAUUAUUAUUAUUAUUAUUAUUAUUAUUAUUAUUAUUAUUAUUAUUAUUAUUAUUAUUAUUAUACAGUCAUUAUUCCUGAAUCAUAAGUAAUGUCAAAAAUAAAUUUCUUUUAAAAUAUUAUUUUUUUCUUAUGAAAUAUAUUCAAUUCAAUCAGAGUUUAUGAAACCUUGAAAAUAUACGCCAUGGAAAUCUAUACGUCCGUGGAUAAAUCCCCGCCUUCCCCCCCUGGAUCCGACCAUGGGUCUGACCUUGAAUAUGAUUCAGUUGCUUGAAACCCUACGCAACUUGGUUUUACCUUUUAAUUUAAAAUUGAAAAAGUGCAACGACGUUUUCCUCGCAUGGUAUUACAUAAAGAUUAAUUUGGCCGGUUACCCUACUUUUGAAGUUGAACGUCAGUGCAACAUAAACUAUUUGCAAUCUGGACGCCAUUUUAUUGAUAUACUUUUUGUGUAUACUCUUGAACGAUUCCAUAGACUGUCCCGGUUUAUUACAGAAAAUAUAUUAUAACGUACCACAAGUAAAUACUCAUCGUUUUCGUUGUUUCUAUAUUAAACCUUACUAAAAAAAUUUUUUUCUAAGCAGUCCUUUAUAUCGGAUCUUGAACUCCUGUAACGGACAUGUCAUGACUAAUAUUAACAUUAAUGGAUAUUUUAAUAAUUUAUCAAACCAUAUAUAUACUCAAUCUCCGAUUAAUAACCAUUAUUGUUAUUAUUAAUUAAAGUAAUAUUGGAACAAUAUUUAACUACUCGGGUACAUCACUAUAGUAAAGAACUCAGAAAGCCGACAAAUAUAAUUCGAUCACAAUUCAAACAUCAAUAAGUUCAAUUAAAUUUAAUCUAUAACUCGUACCAUAUCUAUUUUUUAAAAACUGGUAUUAUUUUGCAAACAAACCAAUUAAUAUAUAAUUAAUAUAAUACUUAUUAUUAUUUUCAAUUUUGUAUUAUUAAUGUUUUACAUUUGUAGAAUAAAAAAAUUACAAUAUAUUCUAUUCCAUGAUAUGGUUCUCCAAUAUAUCCAUCUCUCUUAUUCAAUGCCUACCUAUCAGGCGACAGGCAAUGGAGAGUUGAAUGCGCGAUUCAUAGUUAUUAGGUCUAUGGUUGUGAUAUUAAAUUCGGUAUUUUUUCUUUUUAAUAUUUGAUGUUGGUAACAAAACAUAUUUCUUAUCAUUAAUGAAAUAGCCAUACGCCGCCUUUUUCUUAUUUCAUCCGUUCGUGCCUCGUGGUUACCUACCGUUGUCUGGUUUGCCUGUCAUAAUGAAAUAAAUCAUGUGGUUUGUAGUCUCGUAGAAAUACUAUAUAGAACAGAAUUACGCUUUUGAAAAUCUUAAAAAAUCGUAAGUACCUAUUAUUAAUUAUUAUUAUUAUUUAUAAUUGACGCCUUUUUGCAAGUGGACCCAUUUAUUAGUUGUUUCUAAUAAAGCUAGCUUAAUAAUGAAAAGUUUAUUAGGAUAUUUGUAUAUGUUAAGAAAGCAUAUAACUUGUCAACAAUAAAUAACUUUUAAUGAAAUUAGAAUAUUGUUGUGUUAGAGUUGUUGUCCUACAACUUUUGAAAUUUUUCCAAUCUAAUAGGCAGCAAUAUUAAUAUUAUAAUUAAUAUUAGAAGUGUAAAAUAUGAUUUAUUUAUUUGUAAUAUUAUUUCAUAUUGUUUUAGUAGAAAUAUUGAUAUUUUUAAGUCUGAACUUUACUAACAAACUAGAUUAUAGCAUGGAGUUAACCUCAAUGCACCAGUUAAUAACAAACUUUUUGGUGAAAUAUGUAUUUCUAGUGUUUGCGCUAAUAUUAUAAAAAGUUUAAAUGCAAUGUACGUUAUUUUUAUUACAUAAAUUAAUUUCAUAAAUGUAUUGUUAAUUUAGAUUUAAAUAAUAUAACAAUAUAUAUCUACUAUACUAUCUACCACUUACUAUUUAUAAUUCUUUAUUUUUUUUAAUAUUACUCUAAUUACAAUUUUUGUUUUAUUUUAAUUAUUUUUAAAGUUGUUAGUUUAUAUGUAUUGUAAAUUUAAAAUUAAUGUUUAAACGACAAAUAAUUGUUUUUUUUUUAUUUAAUUUGCUGUGCUCUAUAACAAGCUUGCUUUUUGAAGCAGCAUCAUCCAAAAUUCUUUUACCUAUAAAUUUAGUUAUUUUAAUGUUUUUGAUGUGAUAAUGAAUAAAUAAUAAUAUUAUUAUUAUUUUUAUUAAUUUAAAGUAUUCAUUACGACUAUUGAACAAUCUAUUUGAAUACAUAACUGAUAUGAGCAAUGCAGAUCUGUGAAAAAAAACCUAACCUUUCACAUAUGUACAAUAAAAGGUGUUUUUAGUUUGUUUAUAAAUACUUUAAAAAAAAAAUCAGUGUGAUAAAAUAAUUUUAGGUAAAACUCAAGUCCCAAAAUUUGAAAUUGGUUAUGCCUAUAUCUUGCAGUUGCAUUAAUAAUCUAUAGCUAGUUGAAUCUAAAUAUAACAUUAUCAACUACCUUGUAGUAAGGUGCUCCUUAACUAAAACAAAAGUGUGCCUCCCACAAAAUCUUUCCAAAUAAAUAAAAAUAAACAUACCCAAAUUUGGGCAUUUUAUUUUAUAUUAACAGGUGCCCUUGGAGCACUUGGUUUUUUUGCACUAAAUCAUUAAAAUAAUUAGUAAUUUCAAGAAAUCUUCAAUAACUUUUUUUCAGACAUCUAAAUCUGUGCAAAACACAUGUGCUGUUACACUAGUUUAUGUCAAGAUUUUUUUUACACCUUCAACAAAAAAAAUUUAUUUGGCCAAUAUAAUUCGGAUCCCAUGCAUUAAUAUGUCAAUUUUUCCUGUGUAUCAAAACUGAUUAUUAAUUAUCAUGAUUAAAAUGAGAUUUCAUAACAAAAGAAUUACAAAAAUAUCGUCUAUAAUUUAGAAAUUGAAUUUUAAAAAACAAUGUCUUAUUAAAUAAAAUAAUAAAAUUCUAUAUUUGAUUCUUUAGUUUUGAAUGAAGUUUUUUUCCUCAAUCGCAGACUUAGGCCAGCACAUUGUCUACAAAAUAUUCAGCUGUUAGGAAAAAUUGAUCAGUAGUUGCCAAUGGCACUAACAUUAUUUACAUACAAAUCCAUAUAAUAAUGCAUGAAAUCCAGAUUAUAUUGGAUUCAUUGAUUAUUUUAGAUUAUGAUUGUAGUGAAAAAUGUACUAAUUUUACAAAGAUGUUUAUUUCUUUUAUGUGAAAAUUUUCUACCAGGAAGCUUACUCCGAUGUAUACGAUAUAGACCCUCCUUUCAUGAAAUGAAAUUUUCUUGGGGAGAUGUUAGAAGAAGGUCAUUUUUUGAUUUUCCUGGCAGUUUUCCCAAUAAAAGAGAAAAUAUACAAAAUAUAUUAGUAAAAUUAUGAUUAUUAUGAUUUCUUUUCUUGUGUGGACCAACUUUUCUACCCGCAAUUUUGCUCUAAUUUAUAAUACCACGUUUUCUGAAAGGAAAUCUGACUGGGAAGGUACUUUAUAUAGAUCAUUUUUCGAUUUUUCCUAGAGUUUCUCAGCAAAUGUGAAAAACUUAGAAAAAUCAAUCAAUACAAUAUUAAACAAAUAUUAUCAAAGAAAACAUAAUUUCUAUUUAAUUAUUUUACCAUAAUAUAACAUAUAUAUUGUUUACAAAUCAUCACUUUCAACUGAACUCCACUCAGAAUCGUUAUUAGUAAGCAGUGGGUUUAUCUUUGCUUACAGAUAAAUAAAGGGAAAAUUAAUUUCCCCUCUAUAUCCUAUCCUCCCAACUUCUCACCAACAGUGACCUACCAUCAUACAUCAUGUGAAGUAUGUCAGUUUUUUUUUUUUUUUUAUAUAUAACUGAAUAAUUUUUGUUCUUAACAGGUUAGGUUGCAUGAAAAAAUGUUGACUAACAAUAUAUGUUUUUUGUACAGUAUUCAAUUUUUUUCAGCAGUUUUUAGACAUCUGGGAAUAAAGUUAUUGAAUAUUUCUUAAAAUUCCCUAUUAUUUUAAUUCAAAAACUAAGUGCUUGGUAAUGUCCUCUAAUAUUAAGAUAAAAUGCCCAAAUUUGGACUUAUUGUUUUUUUACCUAUUUAGAAAAUAGUUUUACAAUGCAUAAUUGUUUUGUUAAUUAAUGACCAUCUUAACCUAUUUAUUAAUAUAUGAUGAUAACUAAUAAAGGUUCAGUCUCGAUCAUAAUUGACUUAAAUAAAUAUAAAAAUGUAUAUAUUUAAUAGGUACCCUUUAUAUUUUGUUUCAAAAUGUACCUUUAUACUAUUAAUUAAAUUGAUUUUAGAUGUCAUGGCGGUGGAGCCCUCACACACCGUGGGGUACUCCUACUCCUAGGCAGUGUCAUCCAUGGGGUCUUCCCACACAGUAUCAACCAUGGCGUCUUUCCACACAGUAUCAUCCAUGGCGUCUUUCCACACAGAGCCGCCCCCCAACAAACAUGGCAUCUGCUCCGAGAACAUUUCAUGACAGUAAGUUGAAAAAAAUAUUUUAUAAAAAAAAAGGGGGGGUUCAUCUAUAGUUUACAAUUAUUAUUUAAACAUUUUUUUUCAGUUUGUUAUUUUUAUUAUAUAUUUAACAGAUAUAUAUAUAUAAAGAACAUUAUAUUAGCAAGUUCUGUCUCCAUCUUAUAACCAUACAGCAAAGGAAAUUAGUAUUCAGUAUGGACAACUCUGUGCUGCUAGCUUUAAUAUUAAGAGUGAAUUGACAUUUUUUAUCAAACUUAAAGGUAAGAAUAUUAUCUGUGUCAUGUUGUCAUUUUUUUGGAAAAUUUAAUUUUUAAGAGAGAUAGGAAAUUUUAAAUUGUAAUAUUUCACAUACUCAUACAUCACUUAAAAAUUAAAGUCGCAAAAAUGAUUAUGACACUACAGAUAAUAUUGUUAUUUUCAAGUUAGAUAAUAAGGUCAAUUCUUUCUUAAUAUUAAAACUAAUGGCACAGAGUUUUCCCUGCUGAACGAAAAUUUGGUAUCACACAGUUAUAAGACAGAGACAGCACAUGCGAGUUUAACGUCCUCUUUAGUUACAUGUCUGUCUAACCAUUAUUUACAGUCUUUUUAAUGCCCAGUUAUUUGACCGACAUACCAAAUAAAUUUUAAUAAACAACCUUGUUACAAACCAUUUUGUAAAAAAUACAUUCCCAGCUUGCUUUUAUAUGAAUAAUAUAAAACUAGUACAUGCAUGUGUUAUCAUUUCUAGUUUUUUUUUUUAUUGAAUAUAUUGUACCCUUAGAACAAGACCGAGCCUCUUAUUUAAAUUUUUAUUUUGUAACAUUAUAUUAUGUUAUGUUCUUUAAUAAAACAUUGGCUUUAACAGCCAAAUAAUAAUGGUGUAUUUGGACAAACCAUUAAUAUUUACUGGUGUAAUUUUGUUGAAGGAUGUUCUUUUUGCAACAGUGUGGGACACUCCCAAAAGAAUUGUUUUUUUUUUAAAAAUAAAAAGAAAGAGGAAAUGGAUAAAAAGGAGAAGGAAGAGAAGAAAAUGAAGAAAGAAAAAAAGGAGAAGGAAGAGAAGAAGAGGAAGGAAAAGGAAGAAAAAAAGAAAAAGAUGACAAGUAGCGGUAGUGGUUCAAAUAAAUUUUAUUAA